AUGACACGAUUAUCUAAAAGAAAGGUUCAUUUAUGGAAGUUCAGAGUACAAAAAAAAACUAAAAACCAGCACCAGAUAAAAGCUUUAAGAACUUACAGUAGCAGCGAUGAACCUAGUGACGUUGAGGAUAGUGAUGUAGAAAUAAGUAUUUUAGAAGAUGAAGAAGCGAAUAGCAUAAUUACAAGACUGUUGCUAGCAGUUUUAAUAAUCGGCCACUUGUGUAUAUUGGAAAUUCGGAAAGAACAAGAAGCUGCAGUUGGAACAUCUAAGUUAGAGUUAUUUUGGUUACCGAGAGUGGAUACAUAUAUGAGUGAUGGUGUGGAUAUGAAUGAUGAACCGAUUGGUUCAGAUAGUGACUCUGAAAAUGAUUUUGAGAUUGAGGCUAUAAGAGACCAUAAUAUAAUGUCUUCUGAAAUCUUGAACAGUAAAAUUGAACAAUUGAAAGAAGAAAUCAAAAGCGAUAAAUAUAGUGAGGUUGAGAAGGCUUGCCUCUAUACAAUGCUGUCUUAUUUACAUCUUGUGGAACAUGGCCGACAAAGAGUUGAAGCAAGCAUCAUUGUAGCGGAAGCAGCUAGAAAAGGUGCUUAUCAUGCCCGAUGUAUACGUUCAUGGACAAUAAAUUAUAUUUUAAAUAGAACAAUUCUGAUUUCAAGACAGGGCAAACAUCCCAAAACCUGGAGUUUCUUAUGGGACGAUGACAUUUUGAUACAGAUUAAAUCCUUUCUCCGAUCAAACAAGUGGUGUGUUAAUGCAAAUGAAUUGGCAAAACACGUAAAUGAGAAAAUACUUCCAGGCCUUUGUUUUGAUCUAUCACUAAUGAUAUAUGUAAGAACAGCUAAAAAGUGGCUAAAAACAUUUGGGUUUGAAUAUUCAGAGGUUAGAAAAGAGAUGUAUAUGGAUAGACACGAGCGUGCAGAUGUAGUAGCUUAUCAUGAAAAAUUUUUAAAAAAAAUAGAGAAAUAUGAAAUGCAUAUGAUAAUUUUCUCUGGUGAAAAUAUGGAAGAGGAAAUUAGACCAGCUACUCAUGAUAUUAUAAUAUUAGUAACAUACGAUGAGAAGUCUGUUCAUAUAAGUGAAUUUCUUACUGAUGUUGGUGGAUGUUUAACAUUAAGUGAAGAAAACAAGAAUUAUAAAGAUUCUAAAUUGCCAAAAAGCUUAAAGGAAGUUUUGCGUGAAAGAGGAUUGUGGCAUGAUAGAAUGAAGUUGGUAUACAAAGGAGGAU